AUGCUCCUCCGAACCUCUCUCUCCAAACGACCUCAAUCCAUCAACUCGCUCCUCCGCAAUCAUCAAACAUGCUCCAACACAAGCACAGUCACCACAUCACGCACAACACUCCCCAAACAACCCCGACGCACCCUGAUUCCUGCGCCCGGCCCCAACACCGGCCCCAUCCUCGAACGCCGCGCCGACCGCGAACUGCCCGAGAUCCAAAGUAACCGGGGCUGGCUCAAGACCAUCCCCAUCUUCGUGGUCACCGUCGGCGCGGCCAUGCUCGGAAUCUUCAACUAUCAAAAAUCCACGUCGAGCGUGGUGAGCAGUACGCUGUAUGCGCUGCGCACGUCACCGCAGGCGCGAGAGAUUCUGGGCGAUGAGAUUUAUUUCGCGCAGCAGAUUCCUUGGAUUAGUGGGGAGAUGAAUCAGUUGCACGGACGGAUUGAUAUUUCGUUUUGGGUCAAGGGGACGAAGGGUCAGGGGAAGAUGCGGUUUAAGAGUGUGAGGCCAGAUCGGAUGAGUUAUUUCCGAACGGAAGAAUGGAGCCUGGAGACCGAGGAUGGAACGGUGGUGCAAUUGCUUGACAGUGAUACGGAUCCAUUCCGUAAGGAGUAG